AUGGCUGGUCCUCUUCCUGUCGGGGCUAUGCCUCCUGGCGUUCCAUCACAACUCAACCAACAGCCUCAUGCUCCACAGGCUGUCCCUUCCAUACCCCAGAAUAACGGGAUCUUUGCGGCUACUCCUGCAUAUAGUCCCGGUAAUGCACAGCCCUAUCGCCAUCCCCCUUUCCCUCCCUUGGACCUACGUCGGCAAGCUCCCGUCGAGAUUCAAGAUGCACGAGGCAUAAGCCCUCCGCAGUACCGGGCUCUCCGUUUGGAAAAGGCAUCCAGUGGCUCCUCCUGGACAAAUAUCACCGUCUCUGAAAAGCCCAUGCCACAAUCUAUGAUCCGAGAUAGAAUUGCAUGGCUCCAGAAGAACACAAAUUCUGUCACAAAGAAGAAGCAGGAAAAGAACGAAUCCAUUCAACGUCAACUUGACAAGACUCAAGCUGAUUUGACCAAAUGUGGCCGCGACGUUCGUGUUUACUACAAGUUAGUACAGCUUGAAUCAGAAUGGUGGGCGGCAGAUGAUCGCCGGCAAGGAGAAGAUAGAAGUGAACGGAGUUCCAAGAAGCACAAGAGCCAUUCGAAGAGAAACAAGUCUCCUAAGUGGGAAACAGCAGCGAUCAUUGCAUACUUCGUGAGUAUGCCUGCCAAUGAUCGGCCUGGUUCCAGACUUCAUGGUACAAAUGUGCCCCUGAGACAGUCGAAGCAGACUCAGCAGCCACAAGCUGUGCAGACAAGUACAGGUGGCCUGCCUCCUAUUACUCUUCCUCCGGGCUUCUUCCGACCAGCUCCACCAAACCCUCUUGGAAAGACAUCUCCGGUAGCUGAUCCAAGACUAAGCAGUCAGCCCAACCCUGUUCCUGUCGUGACACAACAGGCUACCGCCCAUCCUACACCCCAAGCUCAGGCACCUUACCGUGGCGCGCCUAACCAACAACAGCCCGAUGGCACGGUAUCAACGAAACAAAAAGGGGCGAUGCCUCACCCCAGCAUUCCGGGACCAACACAAGGCCAAAUCCCUGGUAGACAACCGCCAAGGCUGCCAUCGAUCCAGCUUCCAAUUCGUCCACCUCACUUUCAAGGCCCUUUGCCAGUGCCGAAUGCUCCAUCACCAUUGGCGCAGGCGGACUCGGGAGGAGCCUUUAAGGCAAGUGGGCAGUCGACCGCACCAAGGACUAUAGCCGCAGGGCCAAACUCGAGUGUUAGAAAUAACAUCAAGGUUUAUCACGCCUCGGACCAAAGCUCCUCGUCAUCGGAUGACCUUUGGUCGGAAGACGAAAGCGAGGGAACAACGCCAUCCUCUAUCAGUUCAGAUCACAGCCUGCAGCGGCGCGGUCGAGGCCGCAGUCCAAAACGUGCACAUGCAGACCACCAUAGAAACGUGGUCAUCCAGGAUUCUCGUCACAUCAGAAAGAAUGCGAAAUAUAUUCGGGAUGAACGUACUAGGCCGUUACAACGACAACAUGUACGUUUUGACUCGCCCGACUACCGCUAUCAAGAGGAAACCCGGUCUCCAAGAGACGAGUACCAUUCUCAGCGACGAGCUGAAGAGUCCUGGAGAUUAGAACCCCCACGCAUUAUUCAGGUAUCAAGAACAAGCGUCCGUCAUGUGCGUGGGUCUGCACCUCGACGUGAUAGAUUUGAUGACAAGUAUGACCAUGAGGAGAAGCCGCUAGAGCGGGCAAGAUUGAAUGACUCUCGACAUAAGCAUGACGUCCGACGAGAAAAUGAUCGGUUCAAGUAUCUCGAGGAAGACGUUCGCCUGCGCCGCGACUUGAGGGAGAGACGAAGUGGCCGAAGAGAAGACAGCGUUAUGUAUCCGUAUGCUGAAUCAGAUUCUCGAUGGAGCGACCAGCAGGCUCGAGAUUAUAUGCGUCAAAGAGAGUCACGUCGUCCAUAUCGGUAUCAUGAAAGCCGUAAAAUUCGGAGAGAAUACGAUGAAUGA